CGUCAAACGCUUGAGGUCAAUUAUUGCGUAGUGUACACCGUACACAAAAUGUCCUACCUUAAAUAAACGACCUUAAAUUGCUUGAUGACAAGGAACUUAGUGGUUGGCAACAUUGCGAUUUGAUUUUGUGGCGUGUUUACUGUCUGAAUUCGUUCACGCGGUAAUGUUUGACAACAAGUUAUCUAAUUGUUAAACAUGCGAUAUGCACAGCUCGUUCUAGGACCUGCGGGGAGUGGAAAGUCAACAUAUUGUGCCACUCUCCAAAAACAUGCUGCUGAUGAUAAGAGGACCAUUGACGUUGUUAACCUGGAUCCAGCAGCAGAAUAUUUUGAUUAUCAGCCACUGGUUGACAUACGAGAAUUGAUUCAUAUUGAUGAUGCUAUGGAAGAUGAAGACCUCAGAUUUGGGCCAAAUGGAGGAUUAAUUUUUUGCAUGGACGAUGGUGAGGUGGGAAGUGACUUGCAGGUACCUGCUGGAGAACUCGGAGUGGCUGGAGGAGCAGCUGGGCGAAGUUCAGCGAUGGUGAGGGUGAGGUGGGAAGUGACUUGCAGGUACCUGCUGGAGAACCCGGAGUGGCUGGAGGAGCAGCUGGGCGAAGGGGACGACGACUACCUGCUGUUCGACUGCCCCGGCCAGAUAGAGCUGUACACGCACAUGACCACCGUCAGGCAGCUGGUGGAGCUGCUGCAGCGCUGGAACUUCCAGGCCUGCGUCGUCUUCCUGCUGGACGCCCAGUUCAUGAUAGACGGGGCCAAGUUCCUGUCGGGCACCAUGGCCGCGCUCAGCGUCAUGGUGAACGUGGAGCUGCCCCACGUCAACGUGCUCAGCAAGAUGGAUCUGCUGAGCAAGACCGCGCGCAACCAGUUGGACAGGUUACACAUCCUCCGUGCCGUCAUCACCAGCGUAAAAAGUUACUUAGAACCUGACCCUCACAGCUUGCUGGGUGAAAUGGAAACCAAGUCAAAGUGGGGUGUUAAGUACCGCCGUCUGACUGAAGCUAUUGGUCGUAUCAUCGAGGACUAUAGCCUGGUUCGUUUCUACCCACUGAACGUACGUGACGAGGAAAACAUCGCAGACUUGUUGCUCACCAUUGAUAAUGUCAUCCAGUUUGGAGAAGAUAGUGACGUGAAAACCAGGGACUUCGACUAUCCAGAUGAUGAUGAUGAAGGUGGCGACACUUGAUCAGACAUUUUGAGCUUUUUUGCAAGUUAAGGUUUUUAUUUUUUUUUUAUUUUUUAAGAAAUUAUGUGAUGAUUUCUUUUUUUUAAAUAUACCACUAUUUUAUUCAUA